AUGGCACUCUAAUUUAAUACUGCAACCUCCAAAAAGCUUACAAUCUUGGCUUUAUUUGCCUCUUAACUCGCUUUCUCUUCCCUGGCAAACAUUAUGACUGAGGACAGAGAUCUAUCAGGCUGCAGUGUUGAAUUAGAUUCCAACAUUUUCAACCUCAUGAAACUUGCAAGAACUAAAAACGAUACAGCAGAUUACAAAGUUGAAUACCAAACAGGAACAGCCACAUCUUCAGUAGAAUUCAACUUCUGCGAGUAGUCUUUGAGGACUUGUUCAGAUGGAAAGCCAGAUUUCGCAAAUAUGAUUGAUGACAAGGGAAAAUGCACACAUCUGAGCACUAACUCACUCACUGAUAUCGUAGUAAAUCUCUAAAGCAUAGAGGAUCCCUCCAAAGGUCUCUCUUUAGAUUUUAUAAGCCCUGAAAAAUGCAAUGAUACAUCAAACUAUAAACUUAAUGUCUAGCUUAAUUGUGAUAAGACAGCACCAAGAACAACCUAUGAGCUAGACUAGGCAACUAGCAAAGAUUAAUGCUUUAAAAGAGUUGUUCUCACUUCCUAAGAAGCUUGUCCCAAACUUCAACUCGGAAUUCUGUGGCACUUCUUUAACUACUAUUCUAAUGGAUUUGCACUUGUCAUGAUAGCUUUAGGAUUUUUCUUCUUGAUGUACGGUGGCAAAUAUCAUUAGUAAACUCUUUUCUUAAUUGGCCAAUUGACAUUUACCGCAGUUGCUAUGGUCAUCCUCUAUGGAUUUGUUUAUCCAAAGAAGACAGCUGAGUGGACAGUUUGGCUUUCACUCGUAGUAUGCCUUGGAAUGGGUUCAGGUCCUGGUUACUUUACUCAAAGAUGGGCUAGGAGCGGAGUCCUCUUAAUCGGAGGAUGGAUCGGAGGUCUUUUAGGCGCUGUUUUUUACACUGGCGUCGUUGCUAAGUACACAGAAAAUAAUCCUCUACUUGCUCUCUGGCUAACAGUGAUUUUCUUUGCAGUAGUAGUUGCUGUUCUUUCAUAAGUAUAUUUCGACUAUGCAGUUAUCCUCGGGUCUGCUGUGAUUGGAUCUUACAUGUUUAUAAGAGGUUUAUCUAUAUAUAUUGGAGGCUUCCCUAAUGAGUUUAUUCUUUACCAAAACUACCUUAAUGGAUCAGUAGGUGCCACAAACAAGACUUUGUAUGUCUACCUAAUCAUUAUGAUAUUUAUUGCUCUCUCGUCUAUCUUGGCUUAAUUCAGAAUGAAGCAAGAGAAUGGUUCAUAGUACAGCUAUAGACAGCAAAACAAGAAAUACGAGAAGUUAUGA